AUGUUUGUUGUUAUACUUUUCCAAGUUGAUGCUGAAGACUCUAUUCCCUCCCCAUUGAAGAAGAGUGCCAUUGCCACGGUUACAAUUGAUAUCACAUUUGACAAUCCACCAACUUUCAAUGCUGCAGACUAUACAACAACCAUCCUGGAGACUCACGGGGUUGGGACAGAGGUGGCCCCACAGAAUACAGAGAUCAGGGCCACUGAUGUGGACUCUUUCAGUGGUUUUAUGGUGUACAGUAUCGUAGGCAACCUUGAUGCACCAGACUUCUUUAAUGUCUCCAAUGAGAAUGGGAGGGCAAAGGUUGUCCUGAGGAAAAGUGUCCGGACGUAUCCUACAACACAAUAUGUGCUGAGGAUUCAAGCCUAUGAUUCAAAUUUCCCGGACAAGAAAGUGUUUGUCAACUUUGUUGUCAAUGUGAUUCGUAAUAUCUUUGCACCCACUGUGCAAUCUGCUACGGUGACGAUCUUUGACUACCAUGAUGCUGCCAAGGUUGUCCAUCAGGUCAACAAUGGAAACAACUUUGAUAAUGAUGGGGACUUACUACAGUAUAAAAUCUCGGGUGCAGGAGUGCCAGCAAUUUUCUACAUGGACAACUACGAUAGUGGAAUAUGGCUAUCCGAUGGCAACAGACUGCGCAAUAACAUGACACGAACAUUUACCACUGUUGUCACUGCCAGAGAUAUGCGUAUACCUGAGAAAACUGGCACAGGCACAAUCACCAUUAAUGUCAAUUAUGACGACUUCCUUCCCACAAUCACCAAUGGUGUAGGCAACCUGAUCUUGGCCACCAUUAACGAGAACAUGAACAUUGGUCUCAAUGUAGCUCGAGUGGCAGCCCGUGACCAGGACCAGGUGGAUGAUCAGCAAAUUUUGCAUGCAUAUUUUUAA